UCGACGGCGUGUGCGGUCCCGCCUCUUCCCCCUGCUGGCUCAGUGCGGACGUCCGUUAUGUUACAGUGUCGGACAGAGUGGGACUCACGGUCCGAACUGACCCCGAAAAAGUUCUGAAAACACACAUUAAAGGUCCGAAGCGGCUCACCGCAAGGCACCGACCCUAAAUCCUCCGUUAUACUGACACAGACACCCAUCACGCCCCCCAGCACAGGUAGUCCCAGUCCGUCUCAACUCCGCGGGGCCCGGCGAGGCGCAGUGGGAGCAGAUGGAGCCUGCACCGGCGAAAGCGAAGCCGCAGGGCCGGCUCCUGGUAUCCACCCCACUGGACGCCAAAGACGAGCUGGAGGAGAGAUUGGAGCGCUGUGUUGGAAUCGUCCAGGCACUGACCAAUGGACUGUCAGAGAGGGAGGCCAAUGACGCACUCACGGCCAACGCAUGUAAAGGUCAGCAACAGCAUGAGGAGGUGUGUUUGGGUCUCUUCACACUGGUCCUCACAGAGCCGGCUCAGGCCCAAAGGUGUUACAGAGACCUGGCACUGGUCAACAGAGAUGGGAUGAACGUUGUCCUGGUUAAAAUCAACCAGAUCUUGAUGGAGAAGUUCCUGAAACUGCAAGACGUCCCCCGAACACAGCUAGUGUGGCUGGUCAGAGAGCUGGUGAAGAGUGGCGUGAUGGGAGCUGAUGGCGUCAUCAUGACACUGCUGAAACAGAUUGCAGGCGGAGACAUCUCCACCAAAAACCUGUGGCUGGCUGAGAGUGUCCUGGAUAUCCUGCUCGAGCAGAAAGAGUGGGUAUUGAAGAGUGGGAUGCUCAUAGCAAUGUCAGUCUACACUUACCUUCGCCUGAUUGUGGACCACGGAGCUCCGAACUUGCUGCCUCUGCGCCAGAAAGAAGUGGACUUCUGCAUCAGCAUGCUGAGGGAGAAGUUCAUGGAUUGUCUAAUCAUCGGCAGAGAUCUGGUUCGUCUGCUGCAAAAUGUUGCUCGGAUCCCAGAGAUGGAGCUGCUGUGGAGAGACCUGCUGCACAAUCCUCAAGUCCUGAGCCCUCAGUUCACGGGUGUCCUCCAACUACUGACGGCUCGGACCUCCAGGAAGUUUCUGGCCUGUCGACUCACACCAGACAUGGAGACCAAACUACUGUUCAUGACCUCCAGGGUGCGUUUUGGGCAGCAGAAACGGUACCAGGACUGGUUUCAGAGACAGUACCUGUCCACAGCAGAGAGCCAAUCACUACGCUGUGAUCUGAUUCGCUACAUCUGCGGGGUAGUACAUCCAUCCAAUGAGGUCCUGAGCUCUGAUAUCCUGCCACGCUGGGCUAUUAUUGGCUGGCUGCUAACCACUUGCACGUCAAACGUGGCGGCCUCCAAUGCUAAGCUGGCUCUCUUUUAUGAUUGGCUGUUCUUCAACCCUGAGAAGGACAGCAUCAUGAACAUAGAGCCAGCCAUUCUGGUGAUGCAUCACUCCAUGAAACCUCAUCCUGCCAUCACUGCAACGCUGUUGGACUUCAUGUGCAGGAUCAUCCCUCAUUUCUUCCCUCCUUUGGAGUCUCAGGUCCGUCAGGGUGUCUUCAACUCGCUAAACUUCAUUAUGGAAAAGAGGGUCCUGGCUCACCUCGCUCCACUGUUUGAUAACCCAAAGCUGGACCGAGAGCUCCGGUCAAUGCUCAGAGAAAGAUUCCCCGAGUUCUGCAGCCCACCAUCACCUCCUACUGAAGUGAAGAUGGAGGAGUCUGUUUCCAUGGAGAUGGACAAUCAUGUGUUGGACAAGGAGGAGAGUUGCUACGACAACACAGAAGCAACUUUCAGUGACGAUGAGGAGGAAGUCAACAACAAAGGAAAAAAGAGGGAGUUCAGAUUUCAUCCAAUCAAAGAGGCUGUGAUUGAGGAGCCUGCUGAUAUCACACCCUGGCUUGACCAAUUAGAUGACACAAUGAAGGAGAAGGUGCAGCAGAUUCAGAAGACCAGUGACACAGAGACUCAGUGUGAGGUGAUGCAGGAGAUUGUGGAUCUCAUCCUGGAGGAGGACUUUGACACAGAGCAGAUGUCAGCUCUGGCUUCCUGUUUGGCCGAACUGUUCAAAGAUCAUUUCAGAGGAGAAGUCUUGCCGGAGGAGAUCACGGAGGAGUCCCUGGAGGAGUCGGUUUGUAAACCCGUUUGUCUGAUCUUCAGGAACCUUGUCACCAUGCAAGAGGACAACAGCGGUUUCUCAGUUCUGCUAGACAUGCUUGCUGAACUUUACCAGAAGCAGCCAAAGAUCGGUUAUCACCUGCUGUACUACCUGAAGGCUAGUAAAGCAGCAAAUGGGAAGAUGAUGUUGUACGAGUCAUUUGCUCAGGCGACGGCACUUGGUGACCUCCACACUUGUCUGAUGAUGGACAUGAAGGCUUGUCAGGAGGACGACGUCCGGCUACUCUGCUACCUCACACCCUCAAUUUACUCUGAGUUUCCAGAUGAGACGCUGCGGAGUGGCGAGCUUCUCAACAUGAUCGUCGCCGUUAUCGACUCCACACAGUUACAGGAGCUGAUGUGUCACGUGAUGAUGGGGAACCUGGUGAUGUUCCGGAAAGAUUCUGUGCUCAACAUCCUCAUUCAGUCACUCGAGUGGGAGACCUUCGAGCAAUAUAGCACCUGGCAGCUGUUUCUGGCCCACAGCAUUCCCCUGGAAACCAUCAUCCCCAUCUUGCAGCACCUCAAAUACAAAGAGCACCCUGAGGCCUUGUCCUGCCUGCUGCUGCAGCUUCGCAGAGAAAAGCCCAGCGAAGAGAUGGUGAAAAUGGUCCUGAGUCGUCCCUGUCACCCAGAAGACCAGUUCGCCACUAGCAUCCUGAGACACUGGGCUACCAAAUACGACGACACACUGGCAGAAAACAUAAAGGCCCAGCUGAUCAAGAACAACAACCAACCCCGCAAGAGACAGAGUCUGCGCAGUUCGAGCAGUAAACUGGCUCAGCUGACCCUGGAACAGAUCUUGGAGCACAUGGACAACCUCAGACUGAGUCUGAGCAACACCAAGAACAACUUCUUCACUCAGACUCCGAUACUUCAGGCUCUGCAGCACGUCCAAGCAAGCUGUGAUGAGGCCCACAAGAUGAGGUUCAGCGAUCUGUUCGCCCUGGCGGAGGAAUACGAGGACUCUCAGACGAAGCCGCCAAAGUCGCGCCGUAAAGCUCCAGCCUCGUCACCUCGUUCCAGGAAGGGAGUCGCUCCACCCACCAACAAUGAGGAAGAAAGUGCAUCCAGCAGCGGCUCUGAGGAGGAGGACUCAAAGCCCAAAGCUCCAAAGAGGAAACGGAAAGGAUCAUCAGCUGUUGGCUCUGACAGUGACUGAAGGAACCUCCAAACAAGAUCACAUGCCAGCUGCUCCAUGUACUGGGAGAGACCAUGUCUCUUCCUGAUGACAUGCACUGACUGCUGCUGGGAGGUGGAGCUCUGAGAUGCUGCCAACUUUAACUCCAUGUGAUGAACUGACUUUUAAUGUGCUGUUUCCAUGGAGACCAGCAGUCGAAGGUCACUGUGUGUGGCUGAUCUCCCACAAUGCACUGGGGGAAGGAGGAACUCAGACUGAUUUUAACAGCAGACAUGAUGAUGAUGAUUUUUGUUCCUUUUUUGGGGGGAUGGGUUGUACUUUUUUUUUGGAAAAUCCUCACUUCUUGCUGUUUUUAGCGCCUCCUUCCUGUUUGGCUCCCUGCAGUAAAAGCUCCAUCAUGUCAAUGAGUUCUUUGUAUAAAAACUGAUGGUUGGUUUCAGACUCAGCUGUCUGUUAUUGGGAGUUUGAUGGGGGUGGAGAGGGUGGAGGGGAAUGGGGUGUGCCGCAAAGGUCCUUUUAACACCUUUUCGUGGCGUUCAUCAGAUGCAGGAGGGUAAAAAACAGAACAGACGAAGCAGCUCAGAAGUGAACUGACUUAAAGCUGGGUAAUAAAACGGUGAGAGCACGGAGCAGCCAGUGAGGAGCAGUGAUGUCAUUGCAUUUCUGUUAUAGCUGGACUGAGCCAAUAGCAGGACAGUUUCAGAAUUAACCCAUGUGUUGUCCUUGGGACAUUUUUGUCCUCUGCAGAAAUCUUUUGCUAUCAAAAAUGUGUUUUUUAUUCAUCAAAUGGUCUGAAAAUAACAGUUAUUCAGUACUAUGCUAUGCAUGAUUGGAAUAAGUUUUAAGUAAUUUGUUUUAUUUAUGAGGUUUUUAUUGUCCUCGGGGAUGAAAAUGUGCCCAAAGUA